GAAACUUUUUUGGCAGAGACUUUGACACCAGUCCUUUUUGCAAGCCUCCCGGAUGGCAGGCUCAGUGUCCCAGCUCUCCGGUGGAUUGUGACUGCUCUCCAGGCUGCCGUGGAAGGAGUCUGCCUCACAUCUCCAGAGCCUCUAGAAAGCUUCUCCAGAUAGCAGCGGUUUGGGUCAGCCGGUGAAGCGCUCCCUCCCGGUUUGCGGCCCCCGUCCUCCGCCCUGCGUGUGGGCCAGGAGGCCCCGUCCCAGGCCCCAGGAGCCAUGGGGAAGACCGGGCAGGCCUCGGUGGACACAAACUCCCACGGCGAGGCGAAGCUCAUGCUGCCGUUCGAGGCCCUGGACCAGGCCCCUCCCGCCGGCGACGCGAAGGAGGAGGAGGUGCCCGACCGGGGCUCCUGGAAGGGCAGGUUCGACUUCCUGCUCUCCUGCGUGGGGUACGCCAUCGGCCUGGGCAACGUCUGGAGGUUCCCCUACCUGUGCGGGAAGAACGGCGGCGGGGCGUUUCUCAUACCCUACUUCCUGACCCUGGUGUUUGCUGGGAUACCUCUCUUCCUGCUGGAGACGGCCCUGGGGCAGUACGCAUCAGUGGGGGGGCUGGGAGUGUGGAAGCUCAUCCCCAUGAUGAAAGGUGUUGGCUUGGCUGCGGUCGUGCUGUCCUUCUGGCUGAACAUCUACUACAUAGUCAUCAUCGCUUGGGCUCUUUACUACCUCUUCAGCUCUUUCAGACAGGAGCUUCCCUGGCAGAGCUGUGGGCACCCGUGGAACACAGACAGCUGCUUCUCCAACUACAGCCUGACCGACACCACCAACCUGACCAGCGCUGUCACAGAGUUCUGGGUGAGGAACAUGCAUCAGUUGAGCACUGGGCUAGACGAGCCGGGGGAGUUGCGGUGGCCCCUGGCUGGGACACUGGCCCUGGCCUGGGUCCUGGUCUACUUCUCCAUCUGGAAGGGCGUGGAGUGGACAGGCAAGGUGGUGUACUUCUCGGCGACGUACCCUUAUUUCAUGCUCUUCAUCCUGUUCUUCCGAGGGAUCACUCUCCCCGGGGCGACAGAGGGGAUCCUUUUCUACAUCACGCCGGAUUUCAACAAGCUCACAAAAUCGGAGGUGUGGCUGGACGCCGCCACCCAGAUCUUCUUCUCCUAUGGCCUGGGCCUGGGCUCGCUCAUCGCCCUGGGGAGCUACAACAACUUCAACAACAACGUGUACAAGGACUCCAUCAUCGUGUGCUGCAUCAACUCCUUCACCAGCAUGUUCGCCGGCCUGGUCAUUUUCUCCAUCGUGGGCUUCAUGUCCUACAUCACCAAGAAGCCCAUCCAGGAGCUGGCCGCCUCAGGUCCUGGCUUGGCGUUCCUGGCCUACCCUCAGGCAGUCACCCAGCUCCCCCUGUCAUCUCUCUGGGCCGUUCUGUUCUUCUCCAUGCUCCUGAUGCUGGGACUGGACAGCCAGUUCUGUACGGUGGAGGGCUUCAUCACGGCACUGAUGGACGAGUACCCCAUGGUUCUGAGGAAGAGGAAGAAGCUCUUCAUCCUUAUUGUGUGUGCGCUGUCCUUCCUCAUCGGACUGUCCAACAUCACGCAGGGCGGCCUGUACGUCUUCAAGCUGUUUGACUACUACUCUGCAAGCGGGAUGUGUCUUCUGUUCCUCAUCUUCUUUGAGACCAUAUCCAUCUCCUGGUUUUACGGGGCAGACAAAUUCUACAGGAACAUUGAGGAGAUGAUCGGAUAUCAACCCUGCAUCUGGUGGAAACUGUGCUGGAUCUAUUUCACUCCACUCAUCUGCCUGGGGGUGUUCACGUUCAGCGCCAUCGAGAUGACUCCGCUCACGCUGGGGAAGUACGUGUUCCCGGUCUGGGGCCAGGGCGUGGGCUGGUGCAUGUCCCUCUCCUCCAUGUUGCUCAUCCCGGGCUACGUCAUCUACAUGUUCGUCACCACCAAAGGGAGCAUCCGCCAGCGAUGGCACAAGAUGUCCCAACCCACAGAGGCCCUCAAACCGCAGGAGGAAAACGAAGUCACACACAAGACCUCACUCACUGGAAACAUCCUAGAUGAUUCUGUCUGACUGGAGCAUGUUGCAUUCUGGGGACUGUAGGCAGAACAAAGUGACAACACAGGGGAAAAAACUACAAAUCCCAUAAACCACAAACAACUUGGGUGGAUCAGUUGAGCGAGUCCAUUAGUGAAAGGUAAGGCCGGGUAAGGCUCUUUAUAUACAGGUAGGCCUGUAUAAAAUGUAUAAAAUAUAAAUUUGCAAAGGCCUUUGUUUUACUGUAAAUAAUCUACAAAACACUUUAAGAACUUAAUUUAUAUCUGGGUUAUUAUGAAAAGGUCAUUGUAGCUUUAUGUUUUGAAAUGCAUUGUACAUACAGCAUAGGAUUUUUAACUUGUGGUUUAUUGUGGAUAUACGGUACCGUCUGCAUGACGUGGUGAUGAUUUUAACUGGCCCUUAAAUCUAGACGCAUUUGCUUCCAUAAAGUUGUACAUAUUGUUUUGGUGGAUUGAAACGUACGAAACCAUUCCAUUUUCUCACGAUGAUGCAAUUCCCAGAAUACAGUAUGCCCAGUAACCAAGGUAACAGGAACCCUUUUGUGAGAAAACAGUUUUGCAGUGUACUCCAUUAUAGAUAAGAGAUUUUAUGUAAAGCAAUUAUGCCUCAUAAGACACAUUAUUGAGGUCUUUGUGCGUUUGCAAUUCAGAAACGAUGCAGUAAAUGUACCUAAUGUGAACUGAAACGGCAUUGCAAUAAACAGUCUUCCUUUUCACUGG